UACUACAACUCAAGCUCGAAAGAGCUGAAGCACUCAUUACUGGACUCUCUGGCGAGAAGGCUCGAUGGGAGAUAACAGUGGAACGUUUGGACAAGGAGUUCGACAAUUUACCUGGAGACUGUUUAAUUGCGACUGGCUUCGUGGCAUACCUUGGGCCCUUCGUCUCUGAGUACAGGGAGUCUCUCAUGGAAGACUGGUUUUUGGAGGUGUGUCAAGAGUCUCUGCCGGUGACCAUGGAUCUCAGUAUGAAGAAGUUCUUGCUGGACGACGCAAUUCUACGUGAUUGGAAUUAUAUGGGAUUGCCUGAUGACAACUUCAGUGCUGAGAAUGGAAUCAUAGUAGUGCGUGCGACGCGGUGGCCGUUAGCCGUGGACCCUCAGGGUCAGGCACUCAUCUGGAUCUCCAGGCUCGAAGAGAAGAAUGACAUUCAGGUCGUGGACUUCGGUCAACCAAAUUAUAUGAGGAUAAUGGAGACCUGUCUCUCGACUGGCAAACCGAUCUUAAUUCAGAACGUUGGUGAAGUCCUGGAUCCGUCCAUAGCUCCUAUUUUAGAAAAGGCUGUCGUCACCAUUGGCAACUCGAAGGUCAUCAAGUUUAACGACAAGAUGGUUUCCUACCACGAAGACUUCCAUCUUUAUUUGACCACUAAGCUUGGUAACCCGGUGUACACUCCGGAGACGCUGACGAAGACGACGAUGGUGAACUUCGCAGUGAAGGAGCAAGGUCUGACCUCGCAACUGCUGGGCAUCGUCGUGCGCAAGGAGAGGCCUCAACUCGAACAAAUGAAGGAUACACUAGUACUCUCCAUCGCACACAACAAGAAAGUGCUUGUAGACUUAGAGAACGACCUCCUCCGCAUAAUGUACGAGUCGCAGGUCCCUCUUCUGGAGAACGAGGAGCUGUUCAUAACACUGCAGACCUCACAGCGCACCUCUUUGGAGGUCAAGGAGGCUCUCAUCACCUCACAGGUCACUGAGAAAGAAAUCGACACAGCUAGAGCGGGUUACGUCCCAGUGGCUGUCCGUGCAUCAGUGCUAUUCUUCGCCCUGAACGACCUUUCGCGCAUCGACCCAAUGUACCAGUUCUCGCUGGACGCGUACAUCGACCUGUUCAUGUACUCCAUAGACCGCAGCCCCAAGGCAGGCGAGCUUGAAGACAGGAUCAAUAAUCUUAACGAAUUCCAUACUUAUGCUGUUUACAAGAACACGUGCCGAGCACUGUUCGAGCGACACAAGCUACUAUUAUCGUUCCACAUUGUGUCCCGGAUUCUUUUCCAAAGUGGCAAGAUGAGUCGCAACGAGUACAUGUUCCUCUUGAAGGGAGGAGUUGUACUCGACAGAUCGGAACAACCGGACAAUCCUACCAAUUGGAUGCCGGAGGAGUGCUGGGACAAUAUAACGGAGUUGGACAAGUUGCCCGGCUUCCACGGCCUCGUCGACGUGUUCGAGCCGCUCACCAAGGAAUGGAAGGAGUGGUACCUACAUCCAGAGCCUGAGACACAGCCUCUUAUUGGUGAUUGGAACGAAAUCUGCAGUGACUUCCAGAAGAUCCUAUUUAUAAGAUCGCUGCGCGUGGACCGCGUGUCUGCCUGCAUCACUACCUUCAUCGUCAACUUGCUCGGGCCGCGCUAUGUCGAGCCUCCUGUACUGGAUAUACGGGCGGCGUGGGAGGAGUCGUCGUGGAAGACGCCGCUACUGUUCGUGCUGUCGCCCGGCGUGGACCCCACGGCCGCGCUCAUACAGCUCUCGCAGGACGUCAAGAUGUUCGAGCGCUUCCAGUCGCUCAGUCUGGGACAGGGACAGGCCCCCACCGCCACCAAGAUGCUAUCCCACGGCAUGAAGGAAGGUGGCUGGGUGUUCCUGGCAAACUGUCACCUGGCAUGUGAAUGGUUGGGGUCCCUCCGAGGGCUGGACAACCCCAAGAUCCACCCCCGGUUCAGGCUGUGGCUAUCCUCCAUGCCAGACAACAAGUUCCCCCUCAACAUUCUGCAGCGAAGCAUCAAGAUGACCACGGAGCCACCACAGGGUUUGAAGGGCAACUUGGUCCGUUUGUUCGCGAAUAUAAACGAGGACAAGUUCGACGAGGCGACCCCGAUGUACCGCCGCCUGUUGUUCUGCGUGUCGUUCUUCCACUGCACCCUCAUCGCGCGCAAGCGGUUCCGCCAGCUCGGGUACAACGCUGUCUACAGCUUCAACGAUGCUGACUUCGAUGUUUCAGACAAUUUAUUAGCAAAUUACUUAGAAGAAUACGAAGAGGUUCCAUGGGACGCGCUCAGAUACCUGUUCGCCAUCAUCAACUAUGGAGGACACAUUACUGAUGAUUGGGACAAGCGAGUGCUGAUUGCUUACAUCAACCAGUUCUUCAACGAAGAGGCCCUCGAAACUCCUUUCUACAGCCAAUUACUACGGCGAAGCCCACCAUCGACGCCAUCGGAACCUCCUAGAGAUCCUAGCCCGCCUCCAGUCAGGGAAAAUGAAUUACCAAGUGAAGUAAUUUCUACGCCGGAGAUACAGAAGUGGAUGAGCUCAAUUGACUCAAUCUUGAAUGAAGUCUGCAUUAUUGUUUCGGAGGGGAAAAUGAACUCUGAACAGAAGCUUCGAGUUACCAAUCUUUGCCGAAAGGUUUCUAGCGAUCAAUCGUCUCAAAUGGCCAUUUUAUACCAAGCUCUGAAGCAGAAAACUAUCCAGGCCCAUAACUCAAAUCAGCAUUUACAAGAACAGCUGAAUAUCUCAAACUCUCUGCAGCAGCUCAAAGAUGCCGUCGAAAAUAAAAUUCAACCCAAGACUAAAUCAUAUGCCAAUAUGGUUAAAAAAGGAUCGGAUACUUUUGUUUGUCCAGAAAAUUUGAAUUCUGUUGUAAUUUAUCCCAAUGACAAGACCAAAACGAGUGACGAAACAAAGUCUCUGGUCCAAAAGAUUAUCUCGCCGGAAGAACUUAAGCUGCACGUUCGUGGAUUGAAGAAGGUUAGAAAUGGGGGUGUCAUAAUUAAUACUGAAACUAAAGGGGACAUUGAAAAACUUAAGAACUCAGAAAAAUUAGUUUCAUCUGGUCUUAAAAUUGAAGAACCAUCAAAACGUCGACCCAGGAUUGCUGUUAUUGGUGUACCAGUAGCCCUUACAGAAAAAGAGGUAUUCGAUUGCAUAUUCGAGCAAAACAUUACCGACAAGUUGCCGAAUAUAACACGUGAGUCAUUCCUGGAAACAAUCAAAUUGAGCCACAAAUCGGGUAAGAUGAAUCUUUCUAACUCUAACUAUGUUUUGGAAGUUCAUGCCAGCAUUAGGAGAGCAUUAAUUAAUCAAGGCCGAAUCUUCAUCAAUUGGACGUCUUGUCCGGUCCGAGAUUUUACCAUUGUGACAAGGUGCUUUAAUUGCCAACAGUUUGGUCAUGCGGCCAAGUUUUGCCGAGAAGCUAUUGCUACAUGCAAUCACUGUGGAGAAACUGGCCACUCCUUCAAGGACUGUAGUAACAAAUCUUCUCCCUCACAAUGUGCGACGUGCAAACGUUUUAAGCGUAAAUGUGACCAUCCAACAGGGGAUAUGAGUUGCCCAGCUCGCAAAUACGCAGAAGACUACUACAUUAAUUCCAUAGACUAUGAAGGGGCCUAA